AUGAAUCAAGAGAUUGGAAUGAACGAUGUUACCUACUCAUCAGCCUGGAGCUUGGGCCGGCUUUUAGCCGCAAGCAACAAGGAUUUUUGUACAUCGUUGGCCAGAAUCAGGAGAAGCAACCCUAGCAAAAGCUUGCAACACGCAACUAUUGAAGGAUUUCAGAGUUGGACUGCGAGCAAUGCGCAACCCAGCUCAGGCAGCUAUCCAACUGUGCUCAAAAAGCUGCUUGAAUUCAAGUUCUUGCAUACAAUACCCAUCAAUUAUCUCAUAUCAUCCUUGGAUUUCCUGCCACCAGAAUCAAUUCGCUUCUUCUACAUUGAUAAAAGCUGGAUCGAUGCUUUUAUAGACGGUUCUCUCAGCAUUGGCAAUAACCUCGAUGUUGACGGCACCGACUCAAUCAAGGCAGAGAUCAAACAAUCGAUGGUGCUGUACGAAAACACAACAAUUGAUUAUCCAGACAGCCGCCAUAAGCCACAGAUGCCAAAAUAUGUAUUUUUCUUACGUUCUGAGUCGAUCAGCAUGUGGCCUGAUAUGCGCUUCUCAGCCCCAUUUCCCCAGAAUUUCAAGGGUGGGAAACUAGAGAUUUUGAGCACAAAGAAACUAGAGAAUGACGUCAUCCUGGUUCUUCUUGACAGAUGUCCUGAGGAUCUUGCCACGGAGGAUGAUAUCCCUGCUGAUGCAACGGACGAUAUCAAGGAUAAGCUAAGCAAGAGUAUCGCAGAUUUGCGAGCCUCUGGCGGAAUCCCACUGCUAAGCUCCAUAUGCAUUUCCCAGCCGCCUCAUUACCAGUCUUUUGUCUUGGGUCGGCAUUUCGACGAUCAAAUUCUCAAGAUCAGUCCUGUCGACUACAACGCCACUACGAAUGCAUUGAAUCGACUGAAUGAAGUAGAAUUCCAUGCCAAUGAUCCCAGCAAGAGCAUCUAUGACUGGAAGAAUAGCUUGAUCAAAGUUGAGAAGCUCCAAGACCUGCUCAAAACAACGCUUCCAUGCAUGAAGGAUCAAACGAGCUUCAAAGAUGUUGGCCCAUUCUUACUGGGACUGAAUCUGAGCUCCCCCGUCAAUUCAUUAUGCAUGGAAAAUCCUAGGAAAAAGGAUUCGUCAACGGGUAAUUCUGCUACCUAA